GGAAUGAAGAGAGGAGCUUGGACGGCAGAGGAAGACCAAAUUCUCAAAGACCAUGUUCGAAACUAUGGCGAAGGGAAAUGGAACACCAUUUCUAGGAAAACAGGCAAGUCUCAAGAGAAAUGGGAAGAGUUGUAGACUUCGUUGGUUGAAUUAUCUUAGGCCUGAUAUUAAAAGAGGGAAUUUUUCUGAAGAUGAAGAGGACCUCAUUAUCAGGCUACACAAACUCUUGGGCAACAGUUUUUGUAGGUGGCGUCUGAUAGCCGGAAGACUUCCAGGGCGGACAGACCAUGAAAUCAAGAAUUAUUGGAAUACAUCAUUGAGAAAGAGAUUAAUAACACAAGAAGAAGCUUACUCCAAGCAGUACAAAGAAGACAAGAUCCUAAAUUUCACAGAAAUUACUGUUCCAUCCUGCUGUCAAGAAACAAAACCCGUAACAACCAUCGAUAAUGAUUUACAGAUUGAUGCUUCGUGGGAUUUCAUGAUGAAUGUUAAGUAGGAGCAGCACAUUGGGUCGACGUUGGAGUUUCUUCAGGGUAUCGACUUCACAAAUCAUGAUGAAGAUAGGUUCUGUCAGAUUGUCUCACCUUCUUCAGACCAAACUCAUUUGUUUUCUGAUGAAUUGAUGGGAAGUUGGUUAGCUGACCAAGAUAAUCUUAAAUUUGAUUUAGUCCUAGAUUCUUAAUGUCGAAUUCCAGUGUUCAUCCUCAGCAAGUGUCAAUUUUUUUUUUUUUUCUGUUCUUUUGCUUUUUCGAUUUUCUUUUGUGAUCAUGUUCUCCUCUGGUUUUGUGUAUGAAUCAUAAAUGAAUUGAAGA